AUGGUCGCCAAGCGCGGCCGGCCCCAGCCCACCGUGGCGAGCUUCAUUGCCGCGUGCGAUGAGGCCGCUCCGCGCGAGACGAUCGUUCUCGACACCGACGAAGAGGCGUUCGAGGCCGAUCACCGCGGUGCCGUACACUCAGCGAAGAAGCGGAACGCUGCCGCGGAGGACGGGGGGGACGAGACGGAGAGGCGAGGCCACAACAACGAAAGCGAAGCGGACGGCAGCAUCGACGAUCCGGUCGAGGAGAACAUGUUUGUCUACGCCGCGCAGGACGAAGACGACGCCGGAGUGACCACCACCACGACCACAACAACAGCGACGUCCUCCUUCAAGCGACCGCAAAGCAACGUGUGGAAGAACUUCAUUGUGGGCGAUACCACCGAACCGCUGCACGGCCACCGCAAAGCCCGCGCUACUGCUGGGCGAGGCCGGGCUCUCAAGGGGAAGCAGCUGGACCUGUCGCACUUCAUCCCCGGCGUGAAGCCCGCCCCUGCGGUCGUGGAGGCCGAAGACAACAAGUCGUUGAUCGACAAGACGGUGAUCCCGCGGCCAAUCCCGCGAUCGUGGGCCAAAGCCGUCCAACCGUUCGACUACGAGGCCGCACGCGGCCAGAAGGCGAUUCCCGGCUCCAGAUAUGUGGAGGCGACGAUCGAGGAGCUGGAGCUGGAGAAACUGGGCAGCUUCGAGGCCAUCCUCAUGGACCCGCCGUGGGACCUCUCUCCUCGCGCCUCUGCCUCGGAUAAGGCGCGCCAGUGCCACCAGCUGGUGCCGAAGCGGGGCAAGAACGGGGAGCGGCUGAUCAGUCCCGAGGAGCUGGGCAAGUGGCCGGUGACCGACAAGCUCAUCCCCAAGGGCUUCCUCUUCAUCUGGACCGAGAAGGAGCUCAUCCCGCGGGUGCUGACCAUGGCGCAAAAGUGGGGCUUCCACUACGUCGAGAACUUUGCGUGGGUCAAGUUCGACGUGAACAACAAGAUCCACACCGAGGACUACGCCUACUUCCGCAAGUCCAAGCUCACCCUCCUCAUGCUCCGCAAGCCCGGCGACAUCGAGCUGCGCCACCAGCGCAACCCGGACGUGAAGUUCGAUUUUGUGCGCAAGGGCCGCGAGAGGCUGCCCUUCGUCUUCGACAUCAUCGAGACCCUCCUCCCCACCGCCAAGUACAACCCGAAGACGGGCAAGGGCAAGAUGCUGCAGCUCUGGUGCCUGCCCCAGGAGCGACGAUCGGGCUGGACCUCCGUCCACCUCUCCGACGAGUCCGCCCACGACGAUGAGUCGCCCGUCGAGCUGGAGUACGUCGAGUCGCCCUCUUCCGAGGAGUGA